AUGCAGGCGGCAAGCGGCGAGCUCAUCUUUGCGCAGAUGCGGCACAGCGCAGAAGCAACGCUGCUUGGCGGCAUGGAGCCGUCGAUGGUCGCGCUCUUGUCCGGCGCCGACGACCGGCAUCGCACGCACCUUGCUGCCCAGCGCGCGCGCCUCGACGCAUUGCGUCAACUCCAUCGCCGCAAGGCCAAUGCUCGCCUCGAGCUGCUCACGCUCCAGAAGCAGCGCCUGCGGAACGUGGCUCCCGUCGUCGACCGGCUACGCUUGCUACCGCAGCCGUAUCUUGACGCGUACGACGGCUUGCACCGCGUGCUCGACCACGUGCUCAUGACGCUCGUGCUUCGCUACUACGCGACGGUCGAGACGGAGCUGCGCUACGUGCAGCAGUGGCUGCGCGACCAGGUCAGAGUGAGCGACGACGCUGCAGUGGCGGCCAAGGCCACAUUGCACUUGAGUACGUUUGCCGUGUACCUCGAGAGCGAGACGGGUGGAGACGUGACGCUCCGUCGGCUUGAAGAGACCAACGCCCAGGGCCUCCGGUGUCGCCGGGCUGCGAUUGAAAACGCCCGCAAAGGCUGGGGCUCGGAGAUGCAGGUGCAGCACGUGUACAAGAUGGAGCAUCGCCCGCUGCUCUCGGGCUUCCAAGCCCGCGCAAGUAUUGGCGGGUACAAGAUCAAGGGCCUCUUUUGCUCGCUCCCAGCCGCGUCCUUGCCGCGCUGCGUGGCGCGGGGCAUGGCCAGCGACGACGACGACAAGAAGAGUCUGCCAAUCUUUAAAGACAGCUGGUACUCGAUCCGAGGCCAUCGACACACGUACGCCUGCCAGCUCGCCACGUCGUCACCGGCCGUUGAGUUGCCAAAACGAUUCUCGCGCUACAGCACUCUCCUCGAGUACAAGGCCGACGCGAUCGCGUCAUCGACGCGUGGCGAGCUGCGCUACUUGGCGCUCUGUCGCGUGAUCCUCGACCCGUCCUGCACCGAGUACCUCGCGUCCGAGGACGAGUAUGUCGUGCAUGACGCGUCCUGCGUCCUUCCCGAAUUUCUCUUGCAAUAUCGGUUCGUGUCGUCCACGUCGCCCGAGCCGCUCGGAACGCAGCUGCCGUGUGAUGUGACCGUCUCGUCCGUGGACGUGAGUGCGAUCACGUCGCUGCUCAAAGUGCCGUCGACGACACAAGGACCGACCGCGGCGCCGCUGCUUUUGCAAGCGCCGGUCUCGGCGCGUGGCCUGCGGAAGACCAAGCCCGAGCUUUUCGCGGCCAAGCGCGUGGGUCUGGACGAGGUGCGCGCCAACUGCAGCAGCCAGCGCGAAGUCUUUGCUGCCGCCAUCGACGAGUCGCUCGAGCGGUUUUGGCGCCUCGUGCACGAAAGCUGGACGCUCCACGCUCAACACACAACGCUACCGCACACCGAGAGCGACGAGCACGUCGCGGAGGGUGGUGUUGAGAGCGACGACCGCGCCUUCGUGCUGGCCAAGCAGCGCGCGCUACAUACGCAGAAAGCCAAGAUGAAGCUGCUUGGCAGUCCCUAUAGCAGUCUUCUCCAGCCCUCGACGACGAGUCUGCCCCACUUGACAUCGUAG